AUGGCGACCCCUGCCGCAGCUCCCCCCAACAUGGCUGCCAAGGCCAUCCUGGGCCCCCCAACGUACUGGCCCCAUGGCUUGAAGACGUCCUGUGGCCCAGAUGUGUUCAGUGGCAGCUCAGACCCCGGGGUCCAGUCCUACAUGAUUGUACUGAUGAUCACCUGCUGCUUCAUCCCACUCAGUGUCAUCAUCCUCUGCUACCUGCAAGUGUGGAUGGCCAUCCGCACGGUGGCAGCCCAGCAGAAGGAAUCAGAGUCCACCCAAAAGGCGGAGAAGGAAGUGUCACGCAUGGUAGUGGUCAUGAUCAUUGCCUACAUCUUCUGCUGGGGCCCCUACACCUUCUUUGCCUGCUUUGCUGCCGCCAAUCCUGGCUAUGCCUUCCACCCAUUGGCAGCUGCUCUGCCUGCCUACUUCGCCAAGAGCGCCACCAUCUACAACCCCAUUAUCUAUGUCUUCAUGAACAGGCAGUUCCGUAACUGCAUAAUGCAGCUGUUUGGGAAGAAAGUGGACGACGGCUCGGAGCUCUCCUCCACCUCCCGCACUGAGGUCUCCUCCGUCUCCAACUCCUCCGUGUCGCCGGCAUAGGAGGGACCCCCAUGGGCCGACAGACAGAUGGACGCACGGAUGGGACUCUUCCCCACUCCCUGCCUGCCCCCCACACAGCAUGGAUCCCUCUUAAGCAUACAAAGUACUGUCUUUUCUCCCCACUUUGCCACACCUCCUCUGGAGACUUGGCUCCCCCCCCAGGGAACGAGGGCCCUUCCCUUUCUGUCCAGCAGGGGCCCGGAGAGUUUAGCUUUCGUAAAGCAACAGCCCUAUCUCCCCACAAGAGCUGCCUGGGCUCCGCCCCAUCACGAUUCUCUGUCGCUCCGCCCCUCGAGCGCAAGUCAUUGCUCUACUGGAAAGGGAACAUGAGCUGUUCUAGGAGUGUUUGGGUCCACCCCAGAGGUGGCUGCACCCCAGUGGGGCUGGCUGGGUGGGGACAGGUCACUUUGCCCCAGAGGUGGCUGCA